AUGCUCCUCAAAAUUAUCAUAAAGAAAGAUGUUAAAAAUAUCAAAUUGGUGAAGAGAUUAUACCUAAUUUAUGACAAGACAAAGGAACACUCAAACAAAAGUAAGUUGGAUGACGAGAGAGAACGUCUCAAUGUAGUCAAUGUCAUAUGUUUGAGUGAAGCCACGAGCAACCAAACGAACCUUGUGACAUGCAAUAGUGCCAUCUAGAUAGUAUUUGAGUGUGAAGACCUAUUUACACGUGACGAUGUUGGCAUCUACCGGAUGAGAAACCAAUGUCCAAGUCCCCCCAGAUAUUAAAGCGUCCACUUCCAAGUCUAUGGCCACCUUCUAUUUAGGUACCUACGUUGCCUGAACAUGUGAACGGGGAAUCGACUUGGAGGCUACAAAAAUGACAAAGGUACAAAAGGAGGGGGAAAGGCAAUCAUAAGAAACAAAAUGAGAGAUGGGGUGUUGGGUACAAGAAUGGGUACCUUUGCAUAGGGCGAUGGGAAGAUGAAGACCAUCUUGAGGAACUUUAGGGACAUCAAAAGGAUGCACAAGUGGGUCAAUGGAGGAGGGGGACAACAGAUCUAUAACCAAAGCAGAGGAGGCUAGUGGAGAUGGGGAGUGACGUGACUCAGUCAUUGUAUAGUAAAUCACGCAAAUUUUAAAUUUAUAAAACUAGAAAAUAUGAUUUUUUUAGAUAUUUAGAAGUAUUUCUAAACAAAUAUAUCAAUUAUAAUUUAAUAAAACUUUCAAAAAAUAGCGAUAAUUUUUCAGUUCAAUCACAAAGAUAUAAUAUAAUAUCUGAUAAUUAUUCAGAAUUGUUUUCAAUGAAUACGAUUUUCUAUGAAUUUUAUACUAGGAAAUAAAAAUAAAAUAUAUUUAAAAAUUCACGAAAAAGGGAAAUAAGGGUGCAGACAUUAGGAUGACAUCAACGCCCGGCAAACACGAAUCGGGUGGAAACCGAGUUCCGCUCGAUGAUUCUUACGUAAGCGAUUAUAGAUGAUUUAAUUAAUCAAAUUAAGAUCUAUAAAAGUCAGAAGAAUCGUAAUUGAACAAAGUAUAUUUUGGUAAAUUAAAAUCACAAAAAUUAUCACUAAAUGAAGCAUAAAGUAAGUUGAAAGCAAGAAAACAGAGUUCCGGCGUCGUGACGGCGAUGCAUCGACGAUGCACUGGAAUCCUGAGCGUUCAGGAAGAUUGUCGUGCAAUGUCCACGGCCUCAAAGGCUCUCCUUGGACAAAGACGACGUGGGUAAUCUCUAGAUCUCUUUGCGAAGUCUAGAGAUUAAUGAAAUGGGUUGUAGAAUCAUCUCCGGCGGCUGUCACUCGGUGGAGUGGAAAAACGGCAACUUUGCGGCUCUUCGACGGUUGUCACUCGACGGAGAGGAGCUAGAUGGAGGUGGGGUGCGUGUCAGGGAGCUUCAUCCUUAAGUCUGCGCAGCAAGAGGAGGCUCUUCGUCACAUUUGGUACGCUCUCAAGAGGUGGCGACUCGUCUCCCGACAGAUCGUCCUCUUCCCGACAACGACUUGUUCGUCGAUCAAUCGAAGAUGA